AUGGAGUCUUCGGAGAGCGAGAUGGCUGCCUUCCAUGCCGUACGAGAGGAGAUCUUCAAAAAGAUCGAGGCCAUCGAUGGUCCCAAUGCUUUCGCUUACUGCAAGACACUGCCCAACGCACCCAUUGCAGGUCUUGAGAUCACUGGCCUCGGCAGGAUCGGUCUACCAUUACAGCCACAAGACGCUCUUGCCAUCAUUGGCCACUGCUCUCAGUCACCUUCCGGUAAAGGAGAGCAGACGCUUGUCGACACCAAUGUACGCAGAUCAUGGGAGCUGGACGCUUCACAAUUCAGCCUUGUCAACCCUGCCUGGGCACAACUCAUCGGAGACUUGACCAAAAAAGCUUGCGAAGAGCUACACGUCCAUUCUGAGCUCGAAGAUGUGGUCGUUCAGCCACACAAACUACUUCUAUUCGAGGCCGGAGCCUUUUCCAAGUCCGACCAAGACUCGGAGAAAGUCCCAAGAAUGUUCGGCAACAUGGCCGUGGCGUUGCCAUCUUUGCACGUCGGUGGUGAAGUUGUGCUGUCCCACGGCAAGAAGGAAUUGGUCUGGAGCAGUGCACACAAUUCUGAGUGGGACGUUUCUUGGGCCGCCUGGUUCAGUGACGUUCCCUAUGAGGCAAAGCCUGUAAUAUCUGGCUAUCGGCUGGUCCUGACAUACCAUUUGCUGCAAGAUGACGAUCAAGCGCCUCAGCGGGCUCCCGGGGUUGAGCAAGUCGAGUCUAUUGCAUCGUCACUGAAGAUGUACGAAGACGGCCUGAAGACCGGACGAUUUGGGGUAGACGGUCCGGAGUUCUUGAUGUACCAUAUCUCCCGUGGGUACACCCAGGCUGAACUCCAACUGAGCAGCUUGAAGAGCUUGGAUCGAGCCCGAGUCGCCAUUUUGGUUGAAGUCUGCCAAAUCAACGACUUCGGUAUUUACCUCGCUAAGGUGGAAAAAUCCGUCUCUACGUACACUUCGCGACACGGAGAUGACGAGGUUGAACGAUCCGAGGAUAUCACUUGCCUCUGUGAUCUGAAUGGUAAACGUUUCGAAAGCAAACUUUUAUGUCAGAAGGAAUGCCAUCUGGACGGCUAUGAUACGGAUUAUGAAGACCCGGAUGACUCGGAGAGCGAUUCAGACGACGGCUACGGAGGAAAGUCUCAGCAACACUGGUACAGAUACACUGUCGCCCUUCUUGUUCCGCCCGAGAGUGCUGGAAGUAUCUUACCGAAACUCGCUGCUGGCAAGAAGAGGGGCAAUCAGGGGCGCGACGGAGCUGGCGGUCCGAAGACGAAGAGGGUAGCAAGUGGUGCCUAA